GUGGACGUCGAGUCGGCGGGUGGAUGAACGCGGCCCUCUGUAAUGGCGGAGCGUGGCGGGGACGGGGGGGACGGUGAGCGAUUCAACCCGGGGGAGCUCAGGAUGGCUCAGCAGCAGGCCUUGCGGUUCCGAGGCCCUGCUCCCCCACCGAACGCGGUGAUGCGAGGCCCACCACCUCUCAUGCGGCCUCCUCCACCUUUUGGUAUGAUGCGAGGCCCUCCUCCACCGCCUCGGCCCCCCUUUGGACGUCCUCCUUUUGACCCUAAUAUGCCACCAAUGCCUCCUCCUGGAGGGAUUCCUCCACCUAUGGGCCCUCCACACCUCCAGAGACCACCUUUCAUGCCUCCGCCCAUGGGAACCAUGCCUCCUCCUCCGGGGAUGAUGUUUCCACCAGGAAUGCCUCCUGUGACUGCUCCUGGUACUCCGGCACUGCCUCCUGCUGAGGAGAUAUGGGUUGAAAAUAAAACGCCAGAUGGGAAGGUUUAUUAUUACAAUGCUCGGACACGUGAAUCUGCAUGGACCAAGCCAGAUGGAGUUAAGGUUAUUCAGCAGUCAGAACUGACACCUAUGCUUGCAGCCCAGGCGCAGGUUCAGGCCCAAGCCCAGGCCCAAGCCCAAGCCCAGGCCCAGGCCCAGGCCCAGGCCCAGGCGCAGGCGCAGGCACAGGCACAGGCACAGGCUCAGGCUCAGGCACAGGCACAGGCACAGGCACAAGCACAAGCUCAAGCGCAGGCCCAGGCGCAGGCCCAGGCGCAGGCUCAGGCUCAGGCCCAAGUGCAAGCGCAAGCGCAAGCACAAGCACAAGCAGUGGGAGCAUCCACCCCUACGACCAGUAGCCCAGCACCUGCCGUGUCCACUUCCACACCUUCAUCCACCCCGUCCUCUACCACUCCUACCACGACGACCGCCUCUUCAGUGUCGCAGACAGUAUCAACACCCACAACACAAGAUCAGACCCCAAGUUCUGCUGUUUCGGUUGCCACGCCUACAGUUAGUGUUUCAACUCCUGCUCCUACAGCCACACCUGUGCAAACCGUUCCCCAGCCGCACCCCCAGACUUUACCUCCUGCUGUUCCUCAUUCAGUACCUCAGCCAGCAGCAGCAAUUCCUGCUUUUCCACCAGUAAUGGUACCUCCGUUUCGUGUCCCCCUUCCUGGCAUGCCAAUUCCACUUCCAGGUGUAGCAAUGAUGCAAAUAGUCAGCUGCCCGUAUGUAAAGACAGUCGCUACCACCAAGACCGGUGUGUUGCCAGGAAUGGCCCCUCCUAUUGUACCCAUGAUACACCCCCAGGUCGCUAUUGCAGCUUCACCUGCUACCUUAGCUGGAGCAACAGCAGUUUCUGAGUGGACUGAAUAUAAAACAGCAGAUGGGAAGACAUACUAUUAUAAUAAUAGAACAUUAGAAUCAACCUGGGAAAAACCCCAAGAACUAAAGGAAAAAGAAAAAUUAGAGGAUAAGAUUAAAGAGCCAAUUAAAGAACCUUCUGAAGAACCUCUGCCAAUGGAGACGGAGGAGGAGGAUCCUAAAGAAGAGCCAAUAAAGGAGAUAAAGGAGGAGCCCAAAGAAGAGGAGAUGACCGAAGAAGAAAAGGCUGCCCAGAAGGCAAAGCCCGUAGCUACUACCCCUAUUCCUGGUACUCCAUGGUGUGUUGUUUGGACUGGUGAUGAACGGGUCUUCUUUUAUAAUCCUACCACCCGUCUUUCUAUGUGGGACCGGCCUGAUGAUCUGAUUGGAAGGGCAGAUGUUGACAAAAUUAUUCAAGAGCCCCCUCAUAAGAAAGGAAUGGAAGAAAUGAAGAAACUAAGGCACCCGACCCCGACAAUGUUAUCCAUCCAAAAGUGGCAGUUCUCUAUGAGUGCAAUUAAAGAAGAGCAAGAAUUAAUGGAAGAAAUUAAUGAAGAUGAACCUGUUAAAGCCAAAAAACGGAAGUCACAGACUAUCUCGCUAAGUUCCUGCAGGUCACGGACUAUGUCUUCUAUUUCUUUUGAUUCAUACCCUAAGUUAAUUACCUCUCACCAUAUUUAUAGGAGAGACGAUAAUAAAGACAUUGAUUCAGAGAAAGAAGCUGCAAUGGAAGCUGAAAUUAAAGCUGCCCGAGAAAGGGCCAUUGUCCCUCUGGAGGCCCGAAUGAAGCAGUUCAAGGACAUGCUGCUAGAGAGAGGGGUGUCUGCUUUUUCAACGUGGGAGAAGGAGUUGCACAAGAUAGUUUUUGACCCUCGGUACUUACUUCUCAACCCUAAGGAGAGAAAACAGGUAUUUGAUCAGUAUGUAAAGACCAGGGCAGAGGAAGAACGCAGGGAAAAGAAAAACAAAAUAAUGCAAGCCAAGGAAGAUUUCAAAAAAAUGAUGGAAGAAGCAAAAUUUAAUCCCAGAGCUACUUUUAGUGAAUUUGCAGCCAAGCAUGCUAAAGAUUCACGAUUCAAAGCAAUUGAAAAGAUGAAAGAUCGAGAAGCCUUAUUUAAUGAAUUUGUGGCAGCUGCAAGGAAGAAAGAAAAAGAAGAUUCGAAGACCAGAGGUGAGAAGAUUAAAUCAGAUUUCUUUGAACUAUUAUCUAAUCAUCACUUGGACAGUCAGUCUCGAUGGAGCAAAGUAAAAGACAAAGUAGAAAGUGACCCGCGUUACAAGGCAGUGGAUAGUUCAUCAAUGAGAGAAGACCUUUUCAAACAAUACAUCGAAAAAAUAGCCAAGAAUUUAGACUCAGAAAAAGAAAAGGAGCUUGAAAGGCAAGCCCGCAUUGAGGCAAGCCUCCGAGAACGAGAGAGAGAGGUUCAAAAGGCUCGAUCAGAACAAACGAAAGAAAUAGAUCGAGAGAGAGAGCAACAUAAACGAGAAGAAGCUAUCCAGAAUUUCAAGGCUCUUCUGUCUGACAUGGUACGUUCUUCAGAUGUGUCAUGGUCCGAUACCCGGAGAACUCUCCGGAAAGAUCACCGCUGGGAAUCAGGAUCCUUGUUGGAAAGAGAGGAGAAGGAGAAGCUCUUCAAUGAGCACAUUGAAGCGCUCACCAAAAAGAAGAGGGAGCACUUUCGGCAGCUUCUGGAUGAGACUUCUGCAAUCACCUUAACAUCCACAUGGAAAGAAGUAAAAAAAAUCAUUAAGGAAGAUCCUCGGUGCAUUAAGUUCUCCUCCAGUGACAGGAAAAAACAAAGAGAGUUCGAAGAAUACAUCAGAGACAAAUACAUCACAGCCAAAGCUGACUUCAGGACGCUUUUGAAAGAGACCAAAUUUAUAACAUAUAGAUCCAAAAAGCUAAUCCAGGAAUCUGAUCAGCACCUGAAAGAUGUAGAAAAAAUUUUGCAGAACGACAAACGGUAUCUAGUCCUAGACUGUGUGCCAGAGGAGAGGCGGAAACUGAUCGUGGCAUAUGUGGAUGACCUGGAUCGCCGGGGUCCACCCCCACCGCCCACAGCGUCAGAGCCCACGAGACGAUCCACAAAAUAACUGCAGACUCUUCCACAGGGGUACCUAUUAAUUCAAAAUGCUUGCAUGAGCCAAUUUCGGGUUUUUACAUGUUAUGUGCAUUAGUCAGACAAUUGCAGAACCAUCUGACGAAAAGAAGGAGAAGCAUUUGUGAACAAGUUGCUGAACAGAGAACACUUUGGAAAUAUUUAUGCUUUUCUUUGUGUGGCAUGACUGACAUACAUACUCAAAUAUAGGCUGUCUCUAGUAAAUCUAAAAUCUUGAAGCUAAAAAUCAUCCUUUUAUGAGGUGUGGAAGUCAGUGACUUUUGGUGACGUUCUUCUAGCAGUGUUAUACAUGCAAGACGUAAGAGCAUUUGUGGUUUGAACUUGCAAGAUACAGAUACCACAGACUCCAAGAAAACCUAAGUUGGGGUUUGUUUUGUUUUGAUUUUGUUUUUUAAAGCGGGUAAAAGAGGACACACUGAGAAUUGAAUUCUUAUCUUCCAGAGGCUAAGAUUAUUAUAAUGGACACUUUGUCUCUAAAGAACACUUUAGUUUUAUUUGGUCACUUAUGUGCUUUGAUUAUCCCCUCUAAAUUAUAGGCCAGGUCUUGUUGUUUAGCCUAAGAGAAGAUUUCUGUAGUAAUUUCUUCUCAGGUAUGGAACCACGGUCAUACUAACACGUGGGCCAUAAUAGGACUGCUGGUUAAACACCUUUUAUUCACCAGUAAGUGAUCUUCAUCAAUAUUCUGCGUUAGACAACAGAUUACCUUUCUGGGUGUUCCCUGUAAACUAUACUCCUGUUGGAAUGUUAAACUUUUGUUUCUAAAGUUUAAUUUUAAGAUGUUUGAAUGUUCAGUUUAUGUAUUUGAACUACAAUAAACCAACCCUUUUUAUAUA